GCCCUCUGUCUGCACGAAGGGCGAUCAUGUCGCUGCCCUUGGCGACGUUGAGGGAGCUCCAGAAGCUCGCAGCACUCAAAGCAAAGGGCGUCAUCCUUGAACGACAGUACGAGGUGACCAAGAAACAUGUGAGGAAGGGCAACUCCCUCUCGAGCGAAGACUGGGAGGCCUUCGAUUUGGCGCGGGACCUGAGGAGCAGCGGCGUGUUCUCGGAAGAAGGGUGGACCACGCAGGGCGUCAUCCUUGAACGACAGUACGAGGUGACCAAGAAACAUGUGAGGAAGGGCAACUCCCUCUCGAGCGAAGACUGGGAGGCCUUCGAUUUGGCGCGGGACCUGAGGAGCAGCGGCGUGUUCUCGGAAGAAGGGUGGACCACGCAGGUUGAUGGGAGUCAUGUCGGGCAUCAUCAACAGCGCUCACCCUACACUGUCUUCAGACGACGCUGCCGCGUCGCAGCAGCAGCAGCAGGUCCGGCGGCGCACGGGGCCCCGAAUCGAGGAAAGAGACAACGAGAGGACGCCAGCAAAGGCUUGCUGAACAUCUACAACUCGCUUGCUAUUGGCAGCGGGGAACCGGUUUUGCGGACUUGCGCUGGCGUGCAGGAGUAUGUGCCCGGCGUCAGUUUUGCAUCGCCGGCCCCGGCCCCCCGUGUGCGAUGCCCCCACUGUCCGACGACCUUUGUGAACACACAAGGCCUGGGAGUCCACAUGAAAACCAACCACAGCAGGGAAAACAUGUUCCAAGGCCAGCGACUGCAGCGGCUGCUUGGAGACGAUGCGAAAGGGGAUGUCCUGCCGUGGGAGCGCGCCGGACCUGGGCGCUGUCAUCACGUGAAGGUCGAUGGCAUCAGGGGGGCAGCUUCGUUCGUCCUCCAGCCGAAGCGUCUCCCCGACAUAGACCUGGAAUCUGACGGCUUCACGCGUGCUGAACCUAAGUCGGCUCGUCGUGGCGCUGCCAAGCGCAAUUGCUAG